AUGGAGGGCCAGCAGAAGCGCCAGUGGGGCAUCACCAGCGCCAUAUCCGAGGCGCAGCCCACGGAAGCAGACAACAAGCUCAACGACGAGCUGGUUGAAGCGUUGAAGCGCCAGAACGUCUUUGAGAGCACCGAGGGCAGCAACAACAGGCUUACGGUCCUCAACCACCUGCAGAAGGUCGUCGAGGAGUUCGUCCGCCGCGUGAGCAAGAAGAAGGGCCUGGCGCAGGCGACGGUGGAUGCUUCGGGCGGGAAGAUCUUCUGCUUUGGCAGCUAUGCCCUCGGCGUCUACGGUCCCACCUCGGAUAUCGACACACUGCUCGUCGCGCCCAAGCAUGUCUUUCUCGACGACUUCUUCGACCAUUUCCCGUCCACGUUCAAGGAGAUGUCGCGCGCCGAGGACAUCACCGAGUUCAACCCUGUUCGCGACGCCUUCGUGCCUAUUAUCAAGAUGGAGUACCGCGGAGUGAGCAUCGACUUGAUCUUUGCGUCGCUGCCAACCAUGACGCACAUAUCGAAGGAUCUGGAGACCAUCGACAAGACCAUGCUGCGCAACCUCGACGACACUGCCAUGCGCAGUGUCAACGGCACUCGAGUCACCAAAGAGCUCCUGCAGUCGGUGCCACAGGUCAAGAGCUUCCGUCACGCGCUGCGGGCAAUCAAGCUCUGGUCGAACCAACGCGCCAUCUACGGAGCAGUAUUUGGCUACCCGGGUGGAAUUGCAUGGGCCAUCAUGGUCGCCCGCAUCUGCCAGCUCUAUCCGUUCGCAUGCGGCGCCACUAUCCUCUCCAAGUUCUUCAGUUUGAUGUACAAGUACCAAUGGCCAAAGCCUAUUCUGCUGAAGCAUAUCGAAGAAGGAACACUUGGCCUCCGCGUUUGGAAUCCUACGAUAUAUUCUGGAGACCGACAGCAUCUGAUGCCCAUCAUCACGCCUGCGUUUCCGUCCAUGUGCGCCACGCACACCAUCGGCUUGUCAACUAGAGCCAUCAUGAUGCAAGAGUUCGAGCGCGCGGACAAGAUUGUUUAUGAGAUACAUUCAGGGAAGAAAUCUUGGGACGCCUUGUUUGAACGACACUCUUUCUUCACAAAAGAUCACAAAUACUACUUAAGUGUAGUUGCAGCAAGUCGCAGCAAGGAGGCAAAUUCCACUUUCUCUGGAUUGGUACAAUCUAAGGUUCGCCUCCUCGUCAAGGGCAUCGACGAAGGACAGGCUGGCGUCGAGGUCGCGCGCCCGUACACGAAGAGUUUUGAGCGUAUCCAUCGAUGCGCGAACGAAGAUCAGGUCGACAGGGUCAUACAAGGCAACCUUGACUACAUGGUCAAAGACGCAUCAACUCCCCUCGAGGACAACUCUACUGAUCACAUCAUCUAUACAUCGACCUUCUACAUUGGGCUUACAUUGCCACCAGAAGGUGCAAAAUCGCUCGACAUCUCCUACCCAGUGUCCGACUUCAAACGCACAGUCAUGACGUCGGACAUGUACAACGAAGAUACGAUGUCUGUUAAGGUGGUCCACACUCGCAACACUCAACUUCCCGACGACGUGUUCGUACCAGGCGAGACCAGACCAAAGAAGCCAACCAAGGAAAAGAAGAAGAAAGACACUAGUAAGGGCGUGAAGCGCCCAUUGGCCGAGACGGGACUCGACGUGCGUGAAUCACGGCUCGCUAAAACUCCAAGACGUUCUCCGGCGUCUCAGGAGUAA